UCAAAGCCUUCCUGGACCAAAGCCUGUGUUCCGACCGACCGACACGUGGUGGUAGCGUCCCCCAGCCCUCUCAGAGUGCCGGACACCAGAAAAUAUGCUUAGAAAGGUCGAAGAUCGCCAGUCCAACUCUGCCACCAAAGAGGGGUCCAUCCCCGGGACCCUUUCGGGUGACAACCUCCAGGCUUUUCUGAGUGACGAGGGGCAACUGCUCCGACUGGACGACCUCACAAAAGUGAACCCGGUCACCCCGGCGACAGUCCUGAAAUGCCUGCAAGUGAGAUACGCGGCCAGUCUGUUCUACACCACUGCUGGCUGUACCCUAGUGGCCCUCAACCCGUUCCAGCACAUCCCGCACCUCUACUCUACUACGCUGAUGAGACUGUACCACUGCACCCCUCUGCCCCAGGAGCUUCCGCCUCACAUCUUCACCGUGGCCGAGCAAACCUACAGGAACAUCAAGAGUUUAAGCGAACCUGUCAACCAGUCCAUCAUCAUCAGCGGGGAGAGUGGUGCUGGGAAGACCUGGACAACCCGCUGCCUGAUGAAGUUCUACGCGACGGUCGCUGCCUCUUCCAUCUCCCAAGGGGGAGAUGCCACCGUGGAGAGGAUCGAGAGGCGGGUUCUGGACUCCAACCCUAUCAUGGAGGCUUUCGGAAAUGCCUGUACUCUGAGGAACAACAACAGCAGCCGCUUCGGGAAGUACAUCCAGCUCCACCUGGACAGAGACCAGCAGAUGACCGGUGCCUCGAUCCAGACCUACCUCCUGGAGAAGACGCGUGUGGCCUAUCAGGCUCCCUGUGAGAGGAAUUUUCACAUCUUCUACCAGAUUGCCAAGGGUGCCAGUGCAGAGGAGAGGCUAGAGUGGGAGCUGCCCGAGAAUGCGGACUUCUGCUGGCUGCCCAAUUCCUCCAGGACCCUGACAGAAGAUUGCUUCCAGGUGACAAGAGAUGCCAUGCUCCAUCUGGGUAUUGACUGCUCUGCACAGAACAAUAUUUUUAAGGUCCUCGCGGGGCUGCUGCACCUUGGGAAUGUCCGAUUCGCUGAACCUGAAGAUGAGGCAGAGCCCUGCUCUCCCAAGGAUGGGGCCAGAGGGUCCGUGGAGACGGCGUCCCUUCUGCUGCAGGUGCCCCGGGAGCCGCUGCUGGCCGGCCUACAGAUCCGGACUCUCACGGCCGGGAAGCAGCAGCACAUCCUCAGGAAGCCCUGCUCUCGGGCUGAGUGCGAGACCCGCCGGGACUGCCUGGCCAAGGUCACCUAUGCCAGGCUGUUUGAUUGGCUGGUGUCCGUGAUCAACGGCAGCAUCUGCUCAGAACCUACCUCGUGGACCAACUUCAUCGGUCUGCUGGAUGUGUACGGGUUUGAGUCCUUCCCCAGUAACAGCCUGGAGCAGCUCUGCAUCAACUAUGCGAACGAAAAGCUUCAGCAGCACUUUGUGGCCCACUACCUGAAGGCUCAGCAGGAGGAGUACGCCGCCGAGGGCCUGGAGUGGUCGUUCAUCAGCUACCAGGACAACCAGCGCUGCCUGGACCUGAUUGAGGGGAGCCCCCAGCAGCCCAUCAGCAUCUGCUCCCUCCUCAACGAGGAGUGCCGCCUGAUGAGGCCGUCCAACGCGGCCCAGCUCCAGGUCCGCAUCGAAAGCGCCCUGGCCGGGAGCCCCAGCCUCGGCCGCGACAGGCUGAGCCAGCAGCCCGGCUUCACCGUAUCCCACUACGCCGGCCCUGUCCGCUACAACCUCCACGGCCUGGUGGAGAAGAACAAGGACCCGGUGCCCCCGGAAUUGCUCCAGCUCCUGCAGGGCUCCCGGGACCCUUUGCUCCAGAUGCUGUUUCCCGCCCAAGAGACGGAGCAGAAGGACCCGACGGCUCCGAGGAGGGCCACCGUGGUCUCCAAGUUUAAAGACUCCCUCGAUCAGCUGAUGGAAAUCCUGCACAGCACCACUCCGCACUACGUCCGCUGCAUCAAGCCCAACAGCCAGGGCCAGGCCCAGACCUUUCAAACCCAGGAGGUCCUGAGCCAGCUGGAGGCCUGUGGCAUCGUGGAAACCAUCCACAUCUGCGCCGCCGGCUACCCGGUCCGGGUCUCCUUGCGAAGCUUCAUCAAGCGAUAUCAGCUGCUGCGAAGACCCCACCUCCCUAAGGCAGAGGUCGCCCAUGGAAGCCGCGGCUCCUCAGCCCCCGCGGGGCACCCAGGGGGGUGCCCGGCAACCGACGCCGAGCUGCGCUCCUUCGUCACGGAUGUGCUGCAGACUCUGGCCCUCGAGCAGGAGGCCACCGCCGCCCCGCCCCCCCGGUCAGGGGGUGGGCCGGGCCCCGUCUCCGUGCACUGCGGCAAGACCAAGGUGUUCAUGACCGACUCCGUGCUGGACCUCCUGGAACGGCGUCGAACCCGGGCCCUGGCCGAGCGCGCCCGCCGCAUCCAGUGCUGCUGGAGGCGGCACCGGGCCAGGAAACGGGGAAAACAGAGGCGGGCCGCCACCCUCAUCCAAGCAGCUGUUCGCUCCUGGUUAACUCGGAAACGGAUCCGGAGGAUGCACCGUGCUGCCACCAUCAUAAAACAAGCAUGGAGGAAAUGGAAAGUAAAAAUGGACUUCCUCGUCUCCAAGGAACUGGAUGCGGUGGAAGGGAAGCCUCUCACCUCAGGAUUCCAGGCCUCGAUUUCCUCCGCCCCGCCAGCCAACAGCACAUGGCCUCUGAAUACCAUCAUCCGGCUCUGGCCUCUUGGGCUUGUCCUGUUCAACGCGCCUGUGAGUUGUAGGGGCGGGCGGAGAGACUUCUGCCUCCGGGCCUGCCUCUACCUGCCCCAGUGCGACAGCCUCUGCAGAGCCAAAGUGGAGGUGGCUCAACGUGCCCAAGUUGGCAUUGCGUCUGUCCGAGCCCACCCCCAGGGCUCGGUCAGAUUUCACUGCAAGAAGUCCCCGCUGCUCUACGCCAACAUCAGUCCCGAUCGCCAGACCGGAGAUGUGACCGGCUUCAAUCAGAUCCUGCUAGAAAAACACAAGCCGAUUGAAGUUUGAGCUCUCCGCCCUCCCCCGGGGCUGGAUCGUAUCCUUCCUGCACUUUCAAGGACUCGUUUCUUUCCCGUCGCCUUCCCGACGCAUUUUAAUCAGCCCAUGGAAGUUCUUCCCCGCUGUCAACUUUUAAGUGCCCACGUUGGUAUGUACAGAACUGCUCCAGCACAGAGCCUAAAUGCAGAAACACGGACACUGCAUUCCCACCAGUGCUCCUUCUUCACCUCAGUCUUUCCCAAGUGUGGAGAGACGAGGAUGGGAGAGGCUAGCGGUGGUUGGGAUUUUUUAUGUGGGUCCGAAAAGGGCCUGGGGGGAUAAGACCCAACCAAUCUGUGGUACAGCUGGUUUUCACACGGAAGGCAACGGGUCUCACCACCAAAGUCAUAAUUUAUUCAAGUUUAGACUAUGUUCGCCAACCCGGUCCUCGUACUGGAUUCUCACUACCACCCAAAGUCAUAAUUUAAGUCGAGAGAAAAUGUUCGCUGAUCUGUUCAGUCCUUUAGUCCAAAGUCAUAAUUUAUUCAAGUUUAGAC